AAGUAAAAAUGUCUCUUUGGUGAAAAAAGCUUCCCGACUCCUGGUGUAACAUAGAGAUUCAGAGUUCGCGGGACGACAGUAGUUUGUCCUCAGAGGAGAUCCGUAGAGUGAGGUGUGCCCAGUCACCAGGUUUAUCCGGAAGAAGCGCAGGACUGUUUACCUCUGAGCAAGCUUAAAUAUCGAGUACGCUGUUUGGAUGAAACUUAAGUGGUAAAAUGUUAAUCUGGACCAUUGAUGUGAAUGGGUGUCCCCAGGGUACUAAAUAGAGUUUCACAAGAGCAUUAUGGGUACAGCCUCAUCUUUAGUAAGUCCCGGAGAUGUGAUCGAGGAUGGGUACGGGGCUGAGGGUGGAGAAGCUUGUGAGAUUCCAGUGGAAGUGAAGCCAAAAGCACGAUUGGUACGCAGCUCAUUCCGACGUGGCCCACGGGUCAUCGGUGCCAGCUUCAAAUCCACAGGCUCUGUGGAGCUGGAAUACGCCGCCGAAUAUGAUCGUCUCCGGAAGGACUAUGAGAUCUUCCGUGUCAGCAAGAACAACGAGAUAGCAGCCAUGCAGAAGAAGGAGGCCAAGCUGGAUGAGGAGAACAAGAGGCUACGUGCCGAGCUGCAGGCCUUGCAAAAGACCUACCAGAAGAUUCUCAGAGAGAAGGAAAGUGCUUUGGAGGCAAAAUACCAGGCUAUGGAGAGAGCAGCUACCUUUGAACAUGACCGAGACAAAGUGAAACGGCAGUUUAAGAUCUUCCGUGAGACCAAAGAAAAGGAAAUUCAGGAUUUGUUAAGGGCAAAGCGUGAUCUGGAGUCCAAACUGCAGCAGCUGCAGGCUCAGGGUAUCCAGCUGUACGAGCCUAUUGACUCCGACUCUGAUGACAAUCACACAAGUGUUACAACUGCAGGAACUCAGUGUGAGUACUGGAGUGGAGGCAUUCUGGGUAGUGAGCCUUCCAUGGGGAGUAUGAUGCAGCUACAGCAGGGUCACAGAGGGCCCGAGUUUGCCCACAGUCUCAUCGAUGUGGAGGGACCCUUCGCCAAUGUCAGCAGAGAUGAUUGGGAUGCAGCAGUGGCAAGCCUGCUGCAAGUUUCUCCUCAUGUGUCUCAGGCUUUAUGGAGUAACACAGUUCGCUGUUAUCUCAUCUACACCCAAGAGACCAGAGCAGAACUGCAUGCCUUUAUACAGACAUAUUCUCCUGGUUUGAAGAAGUUUUGUGAGAAUUUGGGCCAUUUCUACAUAACUGUGUGUUUCCCUGAGGAAAAAGCUGCUCUGUACGCUACUGAACGCCAGCUGGAGCUUGAGAGGAGCUCAGUGUGUGUGCUGCUGCUCAAGUCCUCGGUAUCCAGUUGUGUAGUGGAAGAUGUGGAGGAGGCAUUUGUACGCACUCCCGACUCUCGUCCUUUGCUAGUUUAUCUAAAUACGGGAGAAAAGAAAGUAGAGUGUGAGGGGACUUCCUGUCUGAGCUCGGCCACCAGAGACCUGCUGGAGAAAGUUAACAAUGCAGACAAGGCCGCUAAGGUUAAGGUGGUGGACCACUCUGGCUCUGCAGAGGAGGGAGCAGCACUUAUUUAUGCUCAACUAGAAAAGAUUAUAAAGCAGGAACUGUUGGGUUUGGAGCUGGAGGACAGCACAGGACUGGAGGAUAGAGAAGAAUCAGACUCUGGUGAUGUGCUGUGGGAUUUACAUGAUGAACAGGAGCAGACUGAGGCUUAUCAGCACAUUUGCAGUGCUUCAGCUAGUCUCAGCUUUCAGAAGUACAUUGAUGGUCUGAAUGAUAUGGUUGCUGCUCCUCCCCCAACUCCUCCUUUACUAGUGUCAGGAGGACCAGGCUCGGGCAAAUCUCUCCUUCUUGCUAAAUGGAUAGAGCUACAGCAGAAGCACUCCCCCACCACACUGAUUCUCUAUCACUUUGUGGGUCCUGCUCUAUCCACCAGUGCAGAGCCUGUCCUCAUCAUCAAACGCCUCACUGUGAAGCUUUUGCAGCAUUUCUGGUCACUUUCAGGCUUGUCCAUCGACCCCUAUAAGAUCCUGGAGGAAUUUCCUCGCUGGUUGGAGAGACUGUCCUCACGCCAUCAUGGGAACAUCAUUAUUGUCAUUGACUCCAUUGACCAAAUCCAAAAUGCAGAGCGACAUAUGAAGUGGCUGAUUGAUCCACUUCCUGCUAACGUCAGAGUUCUGGUGUCUGUCAACGUCGAGUCAUGCCCACAGGCUUGGAGGCUGUGGCCCACUUUACACCUGGACCCUCUCAAUCCACGAGAAGUGAAAAAUAUCCUCAACACAGAGUGUGUGAACAUUGACAUAAAGCCCACAAAAGAACAGGAGAAGAAAUUAGAAAGACACUGCCGUUCUGCUUCUACGUGCAAUGCGCUGUACGUCUCACUGCUGGCCAGACUCCUUACCCACACUAGAUCAUCCUGGACAUUGGACAGAAUGCUACAUCAGAGUGUGUUAUGUCAGGACACCGUGGCUUUGUACAGACUCAGCCUGAAGGUGGUACUGGAUUCACUUAACACAGACAGAGAAAGGCAUGUCAUGAGAGAAUUAUUGGGCCUGCUCUGUGCCAGUCAUAAUGGCGUUAGUGAAUCUGAACUCUUGGAUAUUUUUCCAGAGCUGCGUUUCCCCGCGCUCUCCUCUCUGCUCUACAGUCUGCAAAAACUCCUCAUCAUCACCUUCAGCUGCGGCCUUGUCCAAUUCCACCACCCACAGGCGUGUGAGGCUGUAAUGCAGGAGUUCCUCAAUGGAGGGAGAUGUUGCUCGUUGUACAGAGCGAAACUUAUUCAAUAUUUCAACCAGAAGCUUAGUGAGAACACAGUGACGUGGCGUGUUGCUGAUGAGUUGCCAUGGUUGCUGCAGCAGCAGGGGGACAAGAGUGAACUACAGCUCUGUCUGCUCAACCUGUUUGUCUCCCAGAAUCUCUACAAGAGGGGUCAUUUCUCGGAGCUGCUGGCAUACUGGCAGUUCGUUGGGAAGGAUAAAGUGUCCAUGGCAGCUGAAUAUUGUGAUGCUCUGAAGGAGUUUGAGCGGAACUGUGAGAAUGAAGAAAGCAUGAGCAGACUAGCCAACCUGUAUGAGACCCUCGGCCGAUUCCUUAAAGACCUGGGGCUCCUCAGUCAGGCAGUUGCACCCCUGCAGCGUGCUCUAGAGAUUCGUGAGACAGCUCUGGAUCCAGAUCAUCCCAGUGUGGCCCAGUCACUGCACCAGCUGGCUGGAGUUUACGUCCACUGGAGAAAGUUCGGCAACGCAGAGCAACUGUACAAGCAGGCACUGGAGAUCAGUGAGAAUGCUUAUGGAGCUGAGCACUUAAGUGUGGCAAAAGAACUCGACUCCCUCUCACUCCUCUACCAGAAGCAAAACAAGUAUGAGCAGGCUGAGAAGCUACAUAAGAGAUCAGUCAAGAUCAGGCAGAAAAUGGCUCGGCAAAAAGGCCACAUGUAUGGGUUCACUCUACUGCGUCGACGAGCGCUGCAGUUGGAAGAGGUGACUCUCAGUAAAGACUCAGCCGACUGUGCCAAGACUCUCAACGAACUCGGUGUCCUCUACUACCUCCAGAACAACCUCGAUGCAGCGAAGGUGUUCUUGAUGCGUUCGUUGGAGAUGCGGCAGCGCGUGUUGGGCGCUGAUCACCCGGACUGUGCUCAGUCUCUGAAUAACCUGGCGGCCCUGCACUGUGAGAGGAGGGAUUACGAGAGCGCUGAGCAGCUGUAUGAGAAAGCACUGGAAAUCCGCAAACAAGCCCUCGCUCCAGACCACCCAUCUCUCGCCUAUACCCUCAAACAUCUUGCCAUGCUCUACAAACGCAGGGGGAAGAUGGAGAAGGCAGUGCCUCUCUAUGAAUUGGCUCUUGAGAUCCGAGAGAAGAGCUUUGGGCCCAAACACCCGAGUGUGGCUACAGCUCUUGUUAACCUCGCUGUGCUCUACUGCCAGCUGAAGAAACACAACGAGGCAUUACCAUUGUAUGAGCGGGCUCUCAGAGUGUAUGAGGACAGCCUCGGGCGACUGCACCCUCGAGUAGGAGAGACUCUAAAAAAUCUGGCGGUGCUCAGUUACGAGGAAGGGGAUUUCGAGAAAGCGGCUGAGCUGUACAAACGAGCCAUGGAGAUCAAGGAGGCUGAAACGUCUUUGGUGUGUGAGAAAGCACCGUCUCCUCACUCAUCCAGCGGCGACACAUUCAGCUUGCGAAGCCCUACCCUCCUACCUCGCACCUCCAGGUGACCUUUGAUGACCUCUGACACCUCCAUCUGUCCUCAUAAAAACCAGGCAAAAACACUUGUGUAAUAAACCAAAGCAAAGUUCUGGUCCAAGCAAUAUGGGAGGAUUUCUGCCCCAUGGGAAAUAACACAUGGACAUUUUUGUCAGGUAUUGGACGUUGUCAGUCCUGCAUACUGCUGUAGAUAGUAUUAUUUUUAAUGUGUUAUUUUUCAAAAGCUUGGUAUUCAGAGAUGGUAUGUUUUUUUGGUUUCAGUCAACUUUAUUGUAAAAAAAAACAAAAAAACUGAAUAUGUGAGUGUAAAUCAGCUUUAGGAAAGCAAUACAGUGUUCUGGUGUACAACACUACAGUGUUCGACUUGACACAGUGCUACAUGUGAAAAGAUCAUUAGGAAGUGAAUGAUGGACUGGAACAUAAAUAAUGUGCCUUACUGAAAAUCUAAUGUAGGAACAUGUGCAUAGAUCUGUGGUCAGAGCCAUAUGUGUACAAGCAAAACUGCUGCUUCAAAGUGUUUGAACUAAAUGUUUGAAAUGUGGCAAUCCGUGACUGUAAAUUUCAAACAUUUAGUACAGUUCUAAAUGACUCGGAGUCUACACAGCAAUGGAGAAUCAACAUACUUGUAAAGCCAUUUAUCCUUAAAAUUCCGCAGUAUUUCAACUACGUCUUAAAUAUAGCAUGUUUGUGAGCAUCUUAUUGUAACGCAACAGGGAUGUUUUGGUGUUAUUUAAAAACGAAAAUUAGCAAACCUUUUCUUCUUUCUUUGUCAUUUCCAGAUGGUAUUAACAUUCUUGCCUGAUUGUGGCUUUUUUUUUUUUUUUUUUUAAGGCUUUCAGACUUUCUCUGCUUUUAUUUUUUCUUUCUUUAAAAAUGCAAAAUGUCAGCAUGCCAUGCCUUCUGGUUUACUCAUGCUACUGUAUAUCCAGUAAUAGAGAUCAACAUUGAUUUAGUGAAUAAUGUGGUGUCUCAAUUCGCAUACCCGAAUACAGUGGCAUGCAAAAGUUUGGGCACCCCUGGUCAAAAGUUCUGUAACUGUGAAUAGCUAAGCAAAUAAAAAGAUAAACCAGAUUUCCAAAUGGCAUAAAGUUCUAAAAUGCCACAUUUCUUUAAUAUUUUAAGCAAGAUUUCCUUUUUUUAUUUCCAUCUUUUACCAUUUCAAAAUAAGAAAAAAGGAAAAGGACCUGAAGCAAAAGUUUUGGCACCCCGCAUGGUCAAUACUUAAUAGUAAACACCCCCUUUGGCAAGCAUCACAGCUUGUAAAUGAGUUUUGUAGCCAGCUAAGAGUCUUUCGAUUCUUGUUUGGGGGAUUUUCACUCAUUCUGCCUUGCAAAAGGCUUCAAGGUCUCUGUUGAGGUCUAUCCACAGAUGUUUGAUGAUGUUUGGGUCAGGGGACUGUGAGGGUCCUACCAAAACCUUCAGCUUGCGCCUCAUGAGGUAGUCCAUUGUGGAUUUUGAGGUGUGUUCAGGAUCAUUAUCCUGUUGUAGAAACCAUCCUCUUUUCACUUUCAGCUUUUUUACAGAUAGUGUGAUGUUUGCUUCCAGAAUUUGCUGGUAUUUAAUUGAAUCCAUUCUUCCUUCUAACAGUGAAAUGUUCCCCGUGACAUUGGCUGCAACACAAGCACAAAGCAUAAUCGAUCCACCCUUGUGUUUAACUUUUGGAGAGGUGUUCUUUUCAUGAAAUUGUGCACCCUUUGUUCUCCAAACAAACAUUGCUCACUGUGGCCAAAACUUUCUAUUUUAACUUCAUCAAUCCACGGGACUUGUUUUCCAAAUGCAUGAUUGUUUAGAUGUUCAUUUGCAAACUUCUGACACUGAAUUUUGUGAUGAGGAUGCAGGAAAGGUUUUCUUCUGAUGACUCAUCCAUGAAGGUCAUAUUUGUGCAGGUUUCACUACAUAGUAGAACAGUGUCUGCUUAAAUCUUCCUUCCAGAACUCAACUUGACCUCCACCGUUCCUUUUAAUAUCCAUUUCUUAAUUACAUCACGAACUGAGGAAACAGCUACCUGAAAACGCGUUGUUGUCUUCUUAAUGCCUUCUCCUGCUUUGUGGACAUCAAUUAUUGUAAUUUUCAGAGUGCUAGGCAGCUGCUUAGAGGAGCCCAUGGCUGCUGAUCGUUGGGACAAGGUUUGAGGAGUCAGAGUGUUUAUAAAGCUUUGAAGUUUGUAUCACCUGGCCUCUCCUAAUGAUGAUUGUGAACAAGCCAUAGCUCUUACGAGCUCAAAUCUCUUGGGGUGCCCAAACUUUUACAUCGCACUCCUUUUCUUUUUUUUUUUUUUUUUACUCUAAAACUGUACCAAACAAAUACACUAAUCUUGCUUCAAAUGUUAAAAAGAAUGUUUCAUCUUUAUGCCUUUUGGAGAUCAGUUCAUCUGCUACUCAUUUAACGAUUCACAGUAACAGAAAUUUUGGCCAGAGGUGCCCAAACUUUUGCAUGCCACUGUACACUGUUAAAAUGAUGGUACACGCAUUUAUACGAAUUCUCAUAUAGGGCAAAUGUGUGUUCAUGUUAAGUUAUGACUGUAUGCAAGGCCCUAGAGAGAAACCGUAUCAUGUUACAGUAUCAUCGAAAUUUUCUUCCACGAGAAAGAGAAAACGUAAAAUGUUACAAUUUGUUUUGAUGUGUUUUGAUAUUUGUGCUUUAUUUUAUAAUGAUGAGUACUUAAACACUAAUGACAUUUUUUAAAUUACUUUUAUUAAUACAGUUUAUAAAAAUGACUGAAUAUUAAACAAUAUCUUUUUAAACCAAAAAUCCAUCAUGAAUUACUGAAUUAUCUUUAUUGGGUUGCUUAAUGGGAUUAAUCUAGUGUGUAAUGAGUCCUCCAUCCUCCAGGGGUUAGCAGUCUGCAAACAGUACGAGCUCGUGGCUUUGAAUAAUCCUCGUACCUGUUAUCACAUAAGAUUAGGGCCUGUUAAGAUAACACUAUUGAUCCCAAGG